AUGGCGGAGGUCGACAAUAGAAGCCAGUUGUUGUCACGGAGAGCUACACUGCUUGCUGCUCUGGGUCGGGCAGAGGUUUUUGCUGUGGAGUACGACGCUCUUCGUGACGAAUCGCAGGUACCUUUGAGGUUGGAGUACCUGAACGGAAUUUGGAAUAAUUUGGAGACCGUUCAAGCGGAACUGGAGGACAACGAAACCAACGAAGAUGGUAAGCUGCCAACAAUUUCGUUGCCUGAGUUCGAUGGUGAUUACAUGCAAUGGCUUGCAUUCCACGAUACUUUCUUGGCAUUGAUUCAUUCAAACUCUGAGGUCCCGGAUAUUCAGAAAUUCCACUAUUUGAGGGCAGCUGUCAAGGGGGAAGCUGCUCAGUUGAUUGAAUCGAUCGGUAUCAGCUCUGCAAACUAUUCUUUAGCUUGGCAAACUUUAGAAAGCAGGUAUUCCAACGAUUAUUUGCUGAAGAAGCGUCACUUGCAGGCACUGUUAGACAUUUCGAGGAUGAAGAAGGAGUCUGCUGCUGCGCUUCACGGGUUGGUGGACGAAUUUGAACGUCACACCAAGAUUCUUCGACAACUGGGAGAACCAACCGACGCCUGGAGUACCAUUUUGGAGCAUCUGCUAUGCACGCGUCUGCACGAUGACUCUUUGAAGGCAUGGGAAGACCAUGCAUCUACCGUCGACAAUCCGGAUUACACUUGUCUCAUAGAUUUUUUGCAACGAAGAACUCGAGUACUGGAAUCGAUCUCAGUCAACCAUCAAACUGCUGAUUCGCAUUCCGCUACUGGUCAGCCAGCUCAUUCGUCGAAGAGAACAUUCCAUUCACAGCUUCGUCUCUCUUCUUGUGCCUCCACAGCGAGUUCACCAGUAACACAUUCUGGUGAGAAAUGUGUCCUCUGCAGCCAGUCCCAUUUACUGAUGAGAUGUCAGCGUUUUAACCGACUUUCGCCGAGUGAACGUCAGCAGUUUGUGAAAUCGAAACGUCUGUGUCAUAACUGUAUGAAAGGUGAUCACAUUGCCCGCAAUUGUCCAUCCAAUUUCAACUGCCGUAAGUGCAGUCGUCGCCAUCACACUCUUCUCCACUCUGAGCAGCCCGACGGUUCCAGUCGAUUCAACAAUGAGGGUACAUAUACCGUUCCAGCUACAACCGCUUCGACUUCUUCGCAGCCCACUGGGUCUUCUGCAGCACAACCGUCUGCGCAAUCAACAGUUGCUGCUACUGAGAGCAUCCCGCAAACUGAAGUCAGUGCCACUGUCCAGCAGUACCGUGAGAACGUGUUCCUUCUCACCGUGAUCGUCAAGGUGAUCGAUGCGUACGGUGAAGAGCAUCUAGCGCGCGCUUCUCAACAGCGCAUCGCAACCGAACCUCAUCACAGAUCAAAGGGUGAUUUUUCGUGCAGCGUCGACUUUCUGGUGAUGGACAAAGUAACGGUGAACCUUCCAUCGCAAACCAUAUCAACAAAAGAAUGGCACAUUCCGAAGGACUUAUUUCUUGCAGAUCCGUCUUUCAACGAGAGUCAGCCAAUCGACAUGGUGCUAGGUGCCAAACAUUUCUACUCGUUCUUCCCGAGUGCUGCACGCCUGCAGCUAGGCCGAAACCUUCCUCUACUGGUGGACAGUGUCUUCGGCUGGAUUGUUGCUGGGUCGACAAACCAAAAUUCCCCUAUACAAGUGACGUCACCCACCUCUAUGGUUGUUUCGAUGAUUUCUUUGGAGGACAGUCUAGAGCGUUUCUGGAAAACUGAAGAGCUGACUACCAAGGACAACUACUCUGUUGAAGAAAGGCACUGUGAAUCGUUGUUUCAAUCAACCGUAUCCCGUGAUCCUACUGGACGAUACAUCGUUCGGUAUCCCCGUAAACCAGACUUUAACGUUAUGCUAGGAGAGUCGAAGAGCACUGCACAACGCCGUUUCGGACUACUUGAAAGGCGUUUGGAACGAGACCCAAACCUAAAAGAUGAAUACCAUUUGUUUAUGCGAGAGUACCUCUCCCUCGGCUAUAUGCGACUGGUCGAAGCGGACGACGAACACCACUCUCAAGCCUACUAUCUGCCCCACCACCCCGUAAUUAAGGAAGCAAGUACAACGACCAAGGUUCGGGUCGUAUUUGACGGCUCGGCCAAAACUUCUACCGGCUUCUCUCUAAACGAAGCUCUUUGCGUGGGUCCUGUGGUACAAGACGAUCUUUUGACCAUCAUCUUGCGGUUUCGUACCUUUCCAAUCGCCCUGGUCGGUGACAUAGCUAAAAUGUACCGACAGGUACUUGUUCACUCCAACGAUUCUUAUUUGCAGCGCAUCCUUUGGCGAUUUUCAGACCAGUCUCCAGUCCAGACAUACGAACUACUCACUGUUACGUAUGGUCUCGGUCCAUCUGCUUACCUAGCAACACGAACUCUCCAGCAACUGGCAGAAGAUGAAGGUCGAACAUUCACUGCAGCCGGCCCAGCACUUAAAAAGGGUUUCUACGUGGACGAUUUUAUUGGUGGAGCUCAAACCGUAGAAGAGGCGAUCCAACUUCGCAUAGAGCUCGGUGAAUUGUUAGAGAAAGGAGGAUUUGCACUACGCAAAUGGACCUCUAACCGGCUCGAAGUUCUGCAAGGUCUCACCGAUGAUCAGAUUGGUAUGCAAUCUGCUUUGCACUUUUGUCCAAAUGAAACCAUUAAGGCAUUGGGAAUUAGUUGGGAGCCCGAAACUGAUUUUCUUCGUUUCGACUCACAGAUUCGACACAGCGACGAACACCCGACAAAGCGGACGAUUCUCUCCGACAUAGCACGACUAGUCGACCCUCUUGGAUUAAUCGCCCCUGUCGUCGUCCGAGCGAAAAUUUUGAUGCAGGAACUGUGGCUUCUAUCCUGCGGCUGGGAUGAUCCUGUACCAGAACCCAUCAAGUCCAAAUGGGAAAGCUACCAUCGAGAACUGGCAAAGAUUUCGGAGCACCGUGUAGACAGGUAUGCCUUAUUACCCGGCUCAUCUAUUCAGCUGCACAUCUUUGCAGAUGCUUCCCAAUCCGCAUACGGUGCAUGUACGUACGCUCGCUGUGAAGAUGGACGACGAAGAGUGAGGAUCCAGCUUUUGGCUUCGAAGUCACGCGUCGCCCCACUUAAACGAAUCAGCAUCGCUCGGCUGGAACUGUGUGCUGCCGUGCUAGCUGCUCAUCUGCACACCCACAUUAAAAAGGCCAUCGACGUCACCGUAGCUGCUUCCUAUUUUUGGUCCGACUCAGCUGUCACUCUACAGUGGCUACGAUCUCCACCAAACGUAUGGCCCACGUUCGUUGCCAACAGAGUGUCAGAAAUCCAGCAGUACACACACGGAUGCCAAUGGAAACACGUUCCUGGAGGAGAAAAUCCAGCUGACCUGGUUUCGCGCGGUAUGUCUGUCGAAGAUUUCCUCAAAAGCUAUUUGUGGACUAACGGUCCUAGUUGGUUAACACGUUCCCUGCAAAAUUCGGCCAAUUCGAUACCCCCAGGUGUCCCACAAGAAGAACUGGAAAUAAAAACAACCGUCGUUGUCGCUCAAGUAACACCUACAGUGCACCCCUGGUUUCUACAAUGGUCAUCGUACAAUCGCCUUCUUCGCAUCAUAGGAUAUUGCAUCAAAUUCGUCACCAAUACCCGAGCCAAAGUUCGCACGCAGCCCCCACCGACUCCCAUCGACCGAUCACUUACCGUCGACGAACUAACAAAAUCCAAAACGCUUCUUAUUCGUUUGGCUCAACACGACGAUGCAGAAAUAAAACAAUUGGAGGAAGGCAAUUCAGUUUCGAAGCGUUCCCCCUUCACUUGA